AAAUACUACGAUAAUUGAGUAUGUACGUAAAAUAUCUUCAUGGUAAAUUGUUAAUAACUUAAUAGAGUGUACUAUAAGUAGUUAAGUAUGUAUUUAAGGGGUAGAUCCCGAAUUCCAAUGUGAAAGUGAAGUAAGCCAAAGGGUGGUUGCGUAGGGUAGGGUAGGGCGAAGCAACUGAGCUGUGAAGAGUACGAUGAUGACAUAAUAUUCGUUCCCAAAUUGGCCAAUCGCAAUGCUUCCUUACUCACUCACUCCCAAACCCUUUUUAUAGUGGCAAAUCCGUCCAUCCAAGUAUCCAAUCAAAGAAAAAGAAAAGGAAAAUAAGAAAAAAACAAACACUACUAUUAUAACAGAAAAAAGAGAAAGAGAGAGCUAGAAACGCGGCAUGGCGUCGUCGAAGAUUGUCACGACGAAUACGGAUCUGCCACGCGACUCUUCUUCUUCUUCUUCUUCUUCCUCUUCUUCUUCUGCUGCUGCUGCUUCUUCUAAUUAUUAUUCCCUUCUUCACAAUCAAAAUCUGCAUUAUUAUUCAAACUCGUCCAUGGUAAUGGACGAUCUUCUAAACUCCAUCUACACCACCACAACAACCACCACCUCUCACCCCUCAAAUCCUUCUUCAUCCCCUCCUCCUCCACCCAAAACCGUCGAUGAUGUCUGGAAAGACAUGAUCCUAACCCACUCUCACAGAGACUCAACUCACCAUAAUCACCACCCGUUCGAGGAAAUGACCCUUGAGGCUUUCCUCUCAAAAAACGCUGCCGUCACUGCUGAUGACGUCACCGCUGUUGCUUCUCUUCAUAAUCAUCAUCCUGUUCCUCAUCAGUUCCCGCAGGUGCCCGCCGUUGAAGGCUCAUCCUCCUCCGCAGCUGAGCCUUUUGCCAAUGGGAUUGAUGCUGCGGUGGCAAGUGGAUCAAAAGGGAAGAGAAGGGCGGUGGAGGAACCAGUGGACAAGGCCACUCUUCAGAAGCAGAGACGCAUGAUCAAGAAUCGUGAGUCUGCUGCUAGGUCCAGGGAACGCAAGCAGGCUUACACAACUGACCUUGAGUCUAAUGUUCAACAGCUGGAGAUAGAGAAUGCCCGGUUAUUGAGUGAAGAGGCUGAAAAGAAAAAGAAGAGAUUGAAGGAGCUUCUUGAGUUUGUCAUCCCAGUUGUGGAGAAGCGUAAACCAAAAAAGCUUCUAAGAACGAAUUCAGUUCAGUCAUUGUGAUCAGUUUAUGGCAUGAUGUAGAUACAAGGGGAAACUUUACAAGAGGGAGCAAAGGUUACAGGGUGUUAAUAUACCUUAGCUGGUUCCCGGAGUCACAUUGUAUACAGAAAAUAGCUGCAACAAAAUAAUUCAAGUAAUUUGAUUCAACUUCAACGUACAUUGUUGGUCCAUUGCUUGCGGAAGAUCCAUGGUGCUGGGUGGACUUUGCCAGGGUAGUCCUUGUUAGGAAAAAGUUGAAAUAAGAUUGCAUUGUUUUAUGUUAACUGAUGCAAUCUGAUUGAAUACUAUGCUUGAUUUCAUUCAUGGCAAUGGGGGAAGGGAGGGGUGGUGAGAGGAAUUAAUAAAAGGUGCAUGCUCACAUACAGGUCGCAAGGUUUACAGUUGUUACAAUGUUGCUAUUGUUGUGGUAUGGACUAUGGAGGCAGCCACAUGUAACUGGAGGCUAUAAUUAUUUCAUUUUUCUCUGCUUCUUGUCUAGUAGAGAACAGGUUCAUGAUAAAAAUUGAAAUAUAUAAAUAAAUUUCGACCAUCAUGAUAUCAUAUGAUGGUUAGGAUUCAUUCUUCUAAUA